CAUCCUUUUUCUUUCUGCUGGCCAGAACCAAACCCUAGAAUCUUUCGUAACCAUGGCUGGAAGAGGAAAGGCGAUCGGAUCCGGAGCCUCGAAGAAGUCCACUUCGAGGAGCAGCAAGGCCGGCCUUCAAUUUCCUGUCGGCCGUAUUGCUCGAUUUCUCAAGGCUGGCAAGUAUGCUGAGCGAGUUGGCGCCGGUGCUCCGGUCUAUCUCGCCGCCGUUCUUGAAUACCUUGCUGCAGAGGUUUUGGAGUUGGCCGGAAAUGCUGCCAGGGAUAACAAGAAGACUAGGAUUGUGCCAAGGCACAUUCAAUUAGCUGUUAGGAACGAUGAGGAGCUCUCUAAGCUUCUGGGCACUGUGACUAUUGCUAACGGUGGUGUUAUGCCUAACAUUCACAACCUUCUUCUUCCUAAAAAGGUUGGGGGGACGUCUAAAGCUGGACCAGCUGAUGAUGAAUGAAGACAGUUCAAAUCAAAGUCUCAACUUUUUUAUAAUUUUUUUGGCUGUUUUAUAUGGAUUAGUUCUUGUUUAGUGUUGUAUGAUCUAACUGGAUUACUUUGUGUUUCUGUUUAUGCUUUUCUGUUGGUGGAGAAGAUGCCAUGGAUAUAAAAUUUUCUCUAUUUAUUGUUAAGUUUAUUGAUAA